CCCCAGGAUUCCACAAGCCCCUGCAGGCUGCAGCACCAUCUGCCCAUCGAGAUGCAUGAUCAAGAUGCAGGCUGACAUCAAGCUGACCGGCCGGCUGAUAGUACACCUAUACCCCACGCCCUUCCCUCAUCCCACAUCGCGCCUCCACCCCACCUCACCUCCACCGCGCCUCCACGACACGCAACAUGCCGAAGCACCACAAACCACACAAGCCACACGCCACCUCCCCCAUCCUCGUCCCCCUCCCUGCCCCCAUCUCCGGUGCCCCCAUCCCCCUCAUCCUCCUCCCGCGCACCCGCACCCGCACCCGCACUUCCUCCUCCCCCACCACCAUCUCCCCCACAACCCCCUUAGAUCCCAUCGCCACCCCCUCGGAUCCCAUCCCGCCCACACACCUCCACCACCUCUCGCGGCAAAUCCUAGCCGACCAGUCCGCCCUCCACCGUUUACGCGCAGAGCUCCACGCCGGCAUCACUGCGCGCGUCGCAAGCCUGCACGCCGAGGUCCCGUCAGAGGUGGAGAGCUACCUCGCGGCGCUGGACGAGGACCGAAGGUUACUGCACGCGCAUGCCGCGCAGGUGUAUAGGCGCCAUGAAGUGAUGCGCGAGGAGGUAGCGGGGGUUUUGGCGGGGGUGUGGAGGGCCGCUGGGGCUGGGGAUAGGGUGCGGAGAGGUGGGGGGUGGAAGGAGGGAAGGAGGGGGGUGGGGAGGUGGUGGGAAGGGAGGGAGGAGAAAGCGGGG